AUGCGCGAGCUCGUGCACGUUCAGGGAGGACAGUGCGGCAACCAGAUUGGUGCCAAGUUCUGGGAGGUCAUUGCUGACGAGCACGGUAUUGACCCAACAGGAACCUAUCAUGGCGACUCAGAUCUGCAGCUUGAGCGAAUCAAUGUCUACUUCAACGAAGCAACCGGUGGACGUUAUGUGCCUCGAGCUGUGCUAAUGGAUCUUGAGCCAGGCACCAUGGACAGUGUUCGAGCUGGCCCGUUUGGACAGCUUUUCCGUCCAGACAACUUUGUGUUUGGCCAGACUGGUGCUGGAAACAACUGGGCGAAGGGACACUACACCGAGGGAGCUGAGCUGAUUGACUCAGUCUUGGAUGUUGUACGCAAAGAAGCCGAAGGCUGCGAUUGCUUGCAAGGGUUCCAACUUUGCCAUUCUCUUGGUGGUGGCACUGGUGCAGGCAUGGGAACGCUGCUGAUUUCCAAGGUGCGAGAGGAGUACCCUGAUCGUAUCAUGGAGACAUUCUCGGUGAUUCCAUCGCCAAAGGUGUCUGACACAGUGGUCGAGCCGUACAACGCCGUGCUGAGCUUCCAUCAGUUGGUGGAGAACUCAGAUGAGUCCUUCUUGCUGGACAACGAGGCUUUGUACGAUAUUUGUUUCCGCACUUUGAAGCUCACCACUCCAACCUACGGCGACUUGAAUCACUUGGUGUCAGCAGCAAUGUCCGGUGUGACUUGCUGCCUGCGCUUCCCGGGACAGCUGAACUGUGACCUGCGCAAGAUUGCAGUGAACCUUGUGCCGUUCCCUCGGUUGCAUUUCUUCAUGACCGGCUUUGCGCCUUUGACUUCUCGUGGCUCGCAGCAGUAUCGUGCACUCACUGUUCCAGAGCUCACACAACAGAUGUUCGAUGCGAAGAACAUGAUGUGCGCGGCUGAUCCUCGCCAUGGCCGCUACUUGACAGCAGCUGCUCUCUUCCGCGGCCGCAUGUCAACAAAGGAGGUGGAUGAGCAGAUGCUGAACGUCCAAAACAAGAACUCUUCCUACUUUGUCGAGUGGAUCCCAAACAACAUCAAGGCAUCUGUGUGCGACAUUCCACCAAAGGGACUGAAGAUGGCCGUGGCAUUCGCAGGCAACUCAACUGCCAUCCAGGAGAUGUUCAAGAGGGUGGCAGAGUACUUCACUGCAAUGUUCCGCCGCAAGGCCUUCUUGCACUGGUACACUGGUGAGGGUAUGGAUGAGAUGGAGUUCACUGAGGCUGAGUCGAACAUGAACGAUUUGGUCUCGGAAUACCAGCAGUACCAGGAUGCAACUGCUGAAGAGGAGGGUGAAUUCGACGAGGAGGAGGGUGAAUAUGACGGAUGA